CUGAUUGACAAGAUCGGUGUUACUGCCUACGACCUGAGUAUCGACAAUUUGGAUAUGCACGCUGAUCGCAACACGUUCCAUCGGUUUGACAAAUUCAAUGCCAAAUACAACCCAAUUGGUCAAAGUCAACUGCGUGAAGUCUUCCUCAAAACGGACAACUACAUUCAAGGCGCAUUCUUUGCUCAUGUGUUGAAGGAAGUGUUUUCUGAUCUCGAGGAGUCAAAAUAUCAAAAUGCUGAACCGCGCUUGUCAAUCUACGGUCGCUCUAUUCACGAGUGGGAUAACUUAGCCAAAUGGGCCCUACAAAGGAAUGUGUACUCCGACAAUGUGCGCUGGCUUAUCCAAAUACCCAGGCUAUAUGAUGUGUAUCAUGCCAAAGGAUCAAUGAAAUAUUUUCAGGAUAUUCUAACAAACGUCUUUCAACCACUGUUCGAAGUUACUGCAAAUCCGCACUCGCAUCCGGAACUUCAUGCCUUUUUGCAAUACGUAACCGGAUUCGACUCCGUGGACGACGAGUCCAAGUCAGAUAAAGUGGUGUUCAACAUAUCGACUCCCACUCCAGAACAAUAUGAGCUUCAGGAGAAUCCACCGUAUUCCUACUAUAUUUAUUACAUGUAUGCUAAUCUCGCACAGCUGAAUCAGUUCCGCAGUCACCGUGGCCUAAACACGUUCGCUCUUCGCCCACAUUGUGGCGAAGCCGGAAAUAUCAAUCACUUGGUAACGUGCUUCCUGCUGGCUGAAAGUAUCAACCACGGACUAUUGUUACGCAAAGCGCCAGUGUUGCAAUACUUGUACUACCUCGCACAGAUUGGCAUUGCCAUGUCUCCACUAAGCAACAACUCAUUGUUCUUGGACUAUCAUCGAAAUCCGUUGAACAACUACUUAUCUCGCGGACUGAAUGUCAGUUUGAGCACUGAUGACCCGCUCCAAUUUCACUUCACCAAAGAGCCCUUGAUCGAGGAAUACAGCAUCGCAACGCAAGUUUGGAAACUGACACCGACCGAUAUGUGUGAAUUGGCCCGUAACAGUGUUCUGAUGAGUGGAUUUUCACACACGGUACGUUUAGCCCGAUUCCUUAUGCACUGCUACGGCCACCCUUCACGUGCUGUCACUCCAAGGCCUUGCUCGCUAAUCAUAUUCUGA